CCAAUGCUCAUGCCCCCCCCGCCGAAUUGCCGUUCGCGACAACUAAUCCGAAUAUCGUGUGAUCAAAGUCCAAAAGGAACGAAGAGCCAGGGAGUCGGGUCUUCCCAUUCUCCACUAGUUGGGUAUAACCUCAUCUAGGAAGUUGAAUGGAAUGGGUGCUAAGCCAUUGAUAAGCUGAAUUGAUCUAGACGAAUCUUGAUCCUUUAGGGCGGGUGGCUAUCAUGAUGGCCGGCCUCUCCACCCCAGCUUUGUCUCCCGCGCCAUAUGCCUCAAUAUGUAGUGUUACAUCCGCAACAGUCUGCUGAUCCUUCUGGCUUCUGCCCGUGCAUUCUCGUUCCCUCUUAUCUUGGGACGCGACCCCGGGACCGUAGACUCGUUCCACUGCCUUAGUAUUUUUGCUUUUCUGCAAAGCAAAUUUCCACAAUGGAGACCGCUACUACUCUCCCCACCGUGGUUGCCCCCAUCAGCGCAGUGCGGGCCUCUGUGGACGAAAAGGUGCUCGAUGAGAAGAUUCACCCCAAUGUCGCCGGGGAGGAUCGGGGUGUUACGGAAGAUGGCCAUGAGACGCUACACGGUCUCGUUAUCCCGACCGAGGAGGAGAAGUCGACGCUGAGACGGGUUGCUGGCAAGAUGCCGAUGUCUUGUUACUACCUCUGCGCCGUCGAAUUCGCUGAACGCGCGUCUUACUUUGGAUGUUUCCAAGUUUACAAGAACUUCAUCCGAGCUCCUCUACCGCCCGAUGGAAAUGGUACCGGUGCUACGGCCCCCGGGUCUCAGUAUACUGCCGGAGCUCUUGGCCAGGGCUCCGUUGUAGCCACCGCCAUGACCGAAGCGUUCAAAUUUAUAGCAUAUGCGCUGCCUAUCUACUUCGGAUGGCUAGCAGACACGAAGUACGGGCGAUUCAAGAUGAUUUGCUGGGGUGUUGCGAUUUGUGGUGUUGCCCAUAUUAUCAUGAUCAUUUCAGCGCUCCCACCUGUGCUCAUCUCCGGAAAGGCCAUUGGUCCUUUUGCUCUAUCUCUCUACAUGUUGUCCAUCGGUGCUGCUCAGUUCAAGCCGAAUAUUUCGCCUACUAUCAUCGACCAGAGUCCUCAUAAGAUCGCUCACGUUAUUACCGACAAGAAUGGCGAGAAGGUCAUCGUCGACCCCGAGGAGUCAAUCAACUCUGUUCUGCUAUGGUUUUACCUACUCAUCAACAUCGGCGCUUGUUUCGGUAUUCCGACGACGUACUUAGCGAAGCUCGUGGGUUACUGGGCUGCCUACCUAAUCCCGACUAUCCUCUAUCUGUUGCUACCUCCGCUACUAUGGUAUCUAAACCCACGCCUAAUCAAGCAGCCUCCUGGAGGUUCGGAUCUAGGCAACGUGUUCAAGGUCCUUGCCGACAUCUUUGCUCACGGUGGCCUGAAGAGCAUUGGUCGAAAGGGUUUCUGGGAAGCUGGAAAGCCGAGUGUGCGCAAAGCCGCUGGUAGCACGAAAGAAUAUGGAUAUGAUGACCAAUUCGUCGAGGAUGUACGACGGACUUUCCAGGCCUGUGGUAUUUUCAUCUUCCAGCCUAUCUACCAGAUCAACGAUGGUGGUCUUGGUGCUGCUGCCAAUGCGCUUACGGCUGGAAUGGACACUAAUGGUCUUCCUAAUGAUCUUUUGGAUAACUUGAACUCGGUCUCUAUUGUCUUGGUUGUUCCCCUCGUGAACCACGGUCUCUACCCGCUCCUCCGCAGAUACGGUAUCAAAUGGGGUCCCAUCUCCCGUAUGACAUUCGGCUUCGCCCUCGGCACCAUCGGUUCCAUCGCCUUCGCCGUCCUCCAAUACUACGUCUACAAGACCUCCCCCUGCGGAUGGAACGCUUCCACAUGCGCCGACAUCGUACCCGAAGGCGCGAAAUCAGUAUCCGAUAUCUCGUACGCGUGGUACUCGAUCCCCAUCAUCGUAACUGCCAUCUCCGAGAUCUUCGUCAACGUCACCGCAUACGGUAUCGCAUACUCACGUGCUCCCAAGAACAUGAAGGGUCUCGUUACUUCGCUUAACCUAUUCAUGAGCGCUAUCUCCGCUGCUAUCGCUCUAGGCACGGCUCCUGCUAUUCGUGACCCGUAUCUGAUCUGGGCUUUCGCGGGUCCGACUAUUGUCGGCGCUGCGCUGACUAUUAUUUUCUGGUUCACGUUUAGACAUAUUGAUAAGGAGGAGUUCGUGCUUAAUACGGAUUUCCGCGAUAUUAAGAAGGACUCGGAGAGUGAUGAGGAGAGGGCGCAUCAGCAGAAGGUUGUUGAUGAGAAGUCGUAGACUCUGGAUUAUAGAGUGAUGGAGUUUGAAGAGCGAGGUUGUGUGAUGAUUGUACUAGAUGUGUGAUGAAAAGUGGACAUGAAGGUGUAUAUAUGCCUUGGGUAGAUACACACAAUCCUGAAAAAAAUACCCCUAAACUUGCGUGCCUAGAGAUUGAUCUUAUCGCAUAACUUCCUAGUCUUCUACAAGUAGGUAGCUAUAAGCUCGCCACACAACUACUUAGAGCGCUAGUCACAGAAGAGAUUAUAGCUGACUGUAAAAUAUAUUGUCG